AUGCAGUCUCAGCUGCUGCCGCGUCAGCCGCGCUGGAAUGUUUGUGGCCGACUUCCUUCUUCUUUUCAUGCUGCUGCAACUGUCAAGACCUCGUAUACAUAUGUAUUUCUCAUGACGUGCAUAUCAUUAUUGGUUGUCAACGGCGUUGCGCAAGGUGAAACUCAAGCUGAAGACAGUCCUGCUGUCCUCUCGCACUUCAAUGGGCUCCACACAUUGUCUGGGGACAGUUAUCGCGCUUUUAAAAAUCGCUUGAAGCGAACAAUGCGUGGAGAAAGCUGUCUGCGGUACCACGUAGGUGGUGCUUGGUGGCAUUACGAAUGGUGUUUUGAUCAAUACGUACGACAGUUCCAUCCGCAAGUUAAAGGUCAGGAAAAGAGCAUUUUACUCGGUACAUUCGAUGCGCACAAGCCACAUCCAUUGCGAGUUUUGGCUGUGGAUAAUUUAGCUCGACUUGCCGACCCUGAUCGGAUGGGUUACAUGGCUCAGCAGCAAUACAACUCAGGUGAUCUCUGUGAAUACGAAGGCACGCGUCGGUCGGUAAAAUUGCAAGUCAAGUGUUGUGCUCUGCAUGAUAAUGAAGCCUACAUUGAUUCUGUGGAAGAAAAAUCGCAAUGUGAGUACGAGUUGAAUGUGUGUUCACCAGUAGCUUGCGGACUGAUGCAGAGAGAUCAAUUUGUUUUUACUGCACCGACGUCCAUGGAUGAAGAAGAACGCAUGGCAUUGACUCAAACAGUGAAGGAAAUGUUCUAUCAUGCGUACAAUGGCUAUAUGGCGAAUGCAUUCCCACAGGAUGAUUUGCUGCCCCUUUCGUGUAAAGGUGGAGAGUUCGAGCUCGGACGCCUUCCAAUGUUGACGCUAAUUGAUACAUUAGAUACAUUAGCCCUUCUGGAAGACGCGACAGAAUUUCGACGUGCUGUGGAAUUGGUGGUAAAAAAUGCCGACUUUAAUAUGGACACCGAAGUGUCUGUGUUCGAGACAACCAUACGAAUACUGGGUGGGCUGCUAUCGGCACAUCUUUUUGCGAUAGAUCCAGAGCUACAGCUAUUUCCGAAUGGUGGAUAUGACGGUACUCUACUGCUGCUAGCCGUAGAUUUAGGAGAUCGUUUGUUGCCUGCGUUUGAUACUGCAACGGGUAUUCCAAUCGGUACAGUUAAUUUGAGGCAUGGUGUACCAAAGGGAGAAACGCCGAUUGCAUCAACUGCUGGUGCUGGAUCACUCUCAAUUGAAUUUACCAUGCUAAGUGUCUUGACAGGAGAUCCGAAGUAUGCUGUAGCAGCGCGGGGAGCUGUUCGAGCGCUCUUUAUUCGCCGCUCAAAACUUGGACUUCUUGGAAAGCACAUUAAUACAACUAAUGGUGAAUGGACUGAAUUUUCAUCGGGCCCAGGAACUAACUCAGAUAGCUUUUACGAGUACUUAAUGAAGAUGUACGAGCUUUUUGGUGAUCAGGAGGCCUUAGAUAUGUUUACACAAGUGUACCCGGCUGUGCUGUUUCAUAACAAACAUGGAGACUGGUAUACAGAUGUUUCCAUGUAUACUGGUUGUCACGGUCGCAGCGGAAGCGCGACUGUAUUUUUUGAAAACCUUGCCGCUUUCUGGCCUGGUAUGCAAGUUGCUGCAGGUGAUAUUAAGGCUGCUGCAGAUUCCAUGAACGCCUUUUAUCACGUUUGGCGAGACUAUGGGUUUCUUUCUGAGCAUUUCAAUGUUAGAGACUGGAAGCCUCUCAAACUACGAAAUGGUAAUGGAGCCCGUUAUCCACUACGACCAGAGCUGAUUGAAUCGACUUUUUAUAUGCAUGAGGCGACUAACGACUCGUCCUGGCUGCGCGCUGGUGCUCACGUAGUUCAUUCACUGCAAAAAUAUACCAAGACUUCAUGUGGCUAUGCGAGCAUAGCCGACGUCGAGACUAAAAAACAGGAAGAUUACAUGCCGUCAUUUUUUCUUUCUGAAACUUGCAAGUACCUUUACUUGCUAUUCAAUACAACUCAUUUUUUUCGCCAGGGCAAUUAUGUAAUGACCACCGAAGCCCAUCCACUUCCAAUCCUACCGACAAAGCUGGUUAAGCGGAUCUUAGAUGCAGAUGAUGCAUACACUAGCAGCAUCAAAGCGGCAUCCAGCGCUCCAUUUUCGGCUGGACGAGUUAUGCAAUGUAAAGCGCCAAAAUUUUACGAGCUCGUCAAUUAUUCUCUCCGUUACGAAGGCGAAUUUGUCGCUCGUACUACUCAGUGUUUACCUCGUGCACCAUCUCCUGCUCUUCUCCUCAAGGCAUCUCAGGCUGCGGUCAAAAAUCUGGAACGAUCUGGAUCGAUCAGUAAUGCGAUGUCUGAAUUAAAACUUAUUGCAAUGACAGAUUCAGACACAUUAAAGUCAAACAUUACAACAAAGAGCAAGGUUCUAACGAAAAAUCAAGAAAGUUUAGCUUCAAGUCUACUCAAGGAAUGGCUUCCAGCGCUGGAACACAAGCUCCAGAAAAGCAUCGCAAAGAAUACUGAUAUCAAAUGGCUGGAAAAAUUUGUUAAAGCAGCUUCUUAUAGUGACGAAUCUAUGACGGAGCAAGAUUUUAGUAGCCCAUUGGUGCAAUAUUUGUACGGAGGUAUUCAGCUUGGUGAGUUUCGAGUUGAGCAACUUCUUGGGCGCGUGCGCGUAACUCGAGAAGAAACCGGUGACUGGAUUGAUGUAGCAACGGUUGCUGAGGGUAGCCAAUUGCUCAUUGGAAUAGGAUUCGACAAUAUUGAACUCGAUGCUGAUUCGUACACUUUGGAUGACGAAGAAGGGCACGAUAAUGAUUAUCGUCCACCGAAUCUUGGACAGUACCAUGUGUACAAGGUGGAAGAUGAUUUGACGUUACCUGUAGAACAGCACUGCUCGCUUCACGUUCAAAUAGACAAAAAAAUGCUUUCCAUCAAAUCACUGCGCAACGCGACAACAAGACCAACUGCGGACAGCUCCUACGUGUCGUUGACAGUACCUUGUGUAGGAGCUAAUUUUGGUGCGACAAGCUCACUCAAAAUGUCACGUGCGUUUCCCGAGGGAGAAGUCGUAAUUGCUGAUCCAAUUGACGGGUGUGAUGAAUUGUCAAGCGUAACUGAAGAAAUUGCUGGUAAUAUAUUGCUUGUCCAAAGAGGGAAAUGCUUUUUUGAAAAGAAAGCAGAAAAUGCGAUGAAGUGGGGCGCUGCUGGUAUCAUCAUUGUCAACAAUGAAGAGAACGAUCUUGUGCUCGUGAUGGAAGGUGUUGAUAAGGAAGCUGAGGAUGCGUCGAAUGAGAUUCUGAAUGUACCGGUCGUGAUGGUUUCUCAUCGUCUCGGCGAAUGGUUCGAAACUCACCUGACCAAAACAAAGACAUCCACUUUGUCUCCUGUCAAGGUAAGCAUCGAGGUCAAUGUUCGGCAUCACAAUGAUGAUUCGAACAUCAAUCGAAAAAGAACAAGGAGCUUAACUGGAGACAAUUCGUUUCCUAGGGUGGUGGGCAAAGCUGACAACCUUAACGUGUAUGGUCCGCUUUGGGGGAUUGAGCUACUUACAAAGGAAAGGAACCAUAGAGAAACAGAGGAGUCGGAAGCUACAGAUAUUUUCACCAUUGCCAUUAUCGAUACCCCACCAUGGUGA